GUCUCUUCUCUGGUGGCCUCUCAUUGCAACAUAUGCAUGUGACUGAGCAAAUGUGUCAUCAUUUGUCAUUUUUUCCCUAUCUCGAUGAUUCACCCAACACGUCACUGUCAUACGUUUGUACAUUCAAUAGUGCACCACUGUGAAGUAAUUAGUGAGAGACUGAGUUGGAAAGUAUGAGGAGUCCCACCCACCUUCGUUAUAUACAUACAGGCUGAGCUUGAAAAAUAGAACAGCGCGGGCAGGGAGAGACGUCUAGCAAACCAAAAACCAUAAACCAUGAGUUAUCCAGGAUACCCCGCUCAAGCUGGUGGCUAUCCCCCUCAGCCGGGCGCCUACCCACCCCAAGCUGGAGGCUAUCCCCCUCAGCCGGGCGCCUACCCACCUCAAGCCGGAGGCUAUCCACCCCAGGCAGGUGGUUACCCCCCACAGGCAGGUGGUUACCCCCCACAGGCUGGUGGUUACCCCCCUCAGGCUGGUGGCUAUCCACCACAGCCUGGAGCUGGAGGGUACCCAGCCAUACCCCCAGCAGAUAGUUGGGGAGGUGGUGCUGGUUUCCCCGCCUUUGGUCUUGACAAUCUGUCCAACCCUGGAUUCAGCGCAGGCAAUCUCCCAGCCAUGAAGUCUGGCAUGAAAAUACAGUACAACACCCCCCCCCCCCCCUCCAUGCCGGGUUACGGAGGAGGACCAGCGCCUAAUCAGCCCAUGCCAGUGUACCCUCAAGCCCCGUCGCCCAACCCGUCCAUGCCUGGAGGUGGAGCCAUUCCAGUCUCUCCUGCCAUCAAUAGAGGAUUCAGGGGAAGCAUCAAGGAUUAUCCGGGAGCAGACCCACUGAGAGAUGUGGAGGUUCUGAGGAAAGCCAUGAAGGGCUUUGGUACUGAUGAACAGGCCAUCAUAGACCUGCUAGGGAGUCGCUCAAACAUACAGCGUGUUCCCAUGCUCGCGGCCUUCAAAACUUCCUACGGAAAGGAUCUGGUUAAGGAUCUGAAGUCAGAGCUGUCAGGGAACUUUGAGAAGCUGGUGCUGGCCAUGUUGAAGACCCCAGCCCAGCUUGAUGCAUAUGAACUCAAAGAUGCCAUUAAGGGUGCAGGGACAGACGAGGCUUGUCUGAUAGAGAUCCUGUCCUCUCGCUCCAACGCAGAGAUCAGAGAGAUCAACAUGGUCUACAAGACAGAGAAUAAGAAGUCACUGGAAGAUGCCAUCAGUGGGGACACCUCAGGACACUUCCGUAGACUCCUCAUCUCUCUGGCCCAGGGUAAUCGAGAUGAAAGAGAGACAGUGGACAUCUCUGUAGCCAAACAAGAUGCCCAGGCCCUGUAUGCUGCUGGAGAGAACAAGGUGGGAACAGAUGAGUCCAAGUUCAAUGCCAUCCUGUGUGCCAGGAGCAAACCCCACCUCAGAGCAGUGUUCCAUGAGUAUCAGCAAAUGUGUGGCAGAGACCUAGAGAAGAGCAUCGACAGAGAAAUGUCUGGAGACCUGGAGAGUGGAAUGGUGGCCGUGGUCAAGUGUAUUAAGAACACACCCGCCUACUUUGCUGAGAGACUUUACAAGGCCAUGAAGGGGGCCGGGACCAAGGACAAAACCCUGAUUAGGAUAAUGGUGACCCGUUCUGAGGUGGACAUGUUGGAUAUCCGUCAGGAAUACGUCAAGACAUAUGGCAAGUCGCUCUACACAGACAUCUCUGGAGACACUUCAGGGGACUAUAAGAAACUGCUGUUAAAGCUGUGUGGAGGGAGCGACUAGAGGAACCAUGUCAGCUUUCUUUACAGGAUGUCCCCCACACUAUAUCUCCAAUGUUUACAUAUAUACCCAUUUACUGACUAGCCUAUAAUAGUGUAUAUAUAUAUAUAUAUAUAUAUAUCUAUGCAUGCACCACAGUCAGCAAUACUGCAUGCCAUGCCAUCCAUUUUCUUCAUUGCAACUUUUAGCACAUGUUAUGAUAUGAGAACCUCCAAUCAUAAAAGCUGUUCCUUUUCUAUAUUUUGUAUGAGCAAGAAAGUAUAUGUUUUUCCAUAAGUGUAAUAUCAGUGCUGGAUAUUAUAACUUAGUCAGGGUAAAAAUGCCCUAAAGGUGCAACUUUGAUUAGAAUUGGAAUUUAAAUCAAUAUAUAUUUUAUUUUUUCAAGCCUGUGCCAAUAUUAUGCAUAUCUAAUUGUAAAUGUUAACUAAGUAGUAAUUGGUUUAGUUGAAAUGUUAAAUACAUGACUCUGAAGUCAGAAUACUUAGCAGCUAAAGUACCUAAAGUACCAAAGUGUUCGGUUUAUAUUUGUGUUUAUAUGGUGUACACUAUCAUUGUGUUUUUUUGUCUGCUGUUUGCUAUAAUCUCUUUGAGCAUAUCUGUCAAUCUAACUUCUAACUAAAAUCUAAUUUCAUUAACGGUGCUCUGAUUUAAUAUUACAUCUGAAAAUAAAUGUUGAGAAACACUG